CGACCCCCUGCGUGUCGCCCCAAAGCACAGCACAGACCCUUCCGAACCCUCAGGGCUGUCACCGCGCUCUCCGCAGAUGGGCGGCAUUUGGGCUUAUUUUUAUUGAUUGUUUGUUUAACACCCCCCCGGCGGCUUCGCAGCCCCGUCUCGCUGCCAGCACGAUCCCGCAGGAACUGCCCCCGGGAGAGGCGGGCUGGGCGCUGCCGCGGGGGAGCGGCCCGGGGCGCGGACGGAGGUGCCGCAGCGCGGCGGGGGCAGAGCCGGUGCUAGACCUGGUCCUACACCUGGUACCAGACCCGGUCCCGGCACCGGCCCGUGACCCCGCGGCCCCCAGCAUGGUACGGCUGACCUGUGUGAUGCUGCUGCUCGGCCUCGGUGCCCCCCCGGUGGCAGAGGCAUAUGGUCUAGAAAUAACCAACAAUGGUCCCGUCACAACAGGAGCUCAAGCUACUGUUCAGGCCACUCUAAGUGUGAAGAAUGAAAAUGUCACGUCAGACUCGUAUCAGUUUAACUGGAUUUAUGCUCCUCUGAUUCUGAUAGAGAAAUUUGAGCAGGGGUUUAACUCUGUAAUUAAUGUGACUGGAGAAUUUCCUGGGACUUUUCCUGUAUCUGUCUGGGUGACUCACAGGAACUGCUGGCUGUGUCGGCCGGUUGUUAGAAAUGUCACCGUGCUUCAGAUCACAGAAUUUAUCACAGGGAAUCUCACAAUUGCCCAGAUAGAAGAUAGUGAAGUUGUCACAUGGGGUUCUAGUUCCUCCACGGAUGCAGUGACCCGGAUUUCCUUCUCUCUCCAUGACCCAAGUCAUUACUUCAAGUCAGCAUCAUUUGUCUACAACUGGGAUUUUGGAGAUGGAGUUUACCAGAUUACCAAGGAACCCUUUGUGUACUGUAACUGCUCUUCCAUGGGGAAUCGCACAGUGCACCUGAAAGUCGUAGCUGAAUGGGAGCAAAUUGGAAGCAUCAUCCACGAAAGAGAAAUUAUGCAGAAAACUGGUGAUUUUACCACAGCUCUGGAGCUCUUGGAUGCUGUUAAAAGUAUUAACGUAGUGGGUUCCAGAGAAACUCAUGUAAUGGAAAACUUGAAUUUAUCUCUUCACAUCAAUGGCACCCCACCACUGGCACUAUGCUGGCUUAUAAAAUCCGAGUGCAUUCCACUUGAAGGUGACAAAUGCCAUCUGGUGGAGAUCAGUGGUUCCUGCUACAACCUCAGCCACACCUUCAGGGACGCGGGGCAGUAUUGCCUCAGCAUCAGAGUGGAGAACGGCGUCACGAUGCUGCAAACCUACCACGGGAUAAAAGUGUGGCCAACAGGGAUCCACCCAGCUUUCUUAGUCCUGCUCUGCAUCACUCUGGUUUCACUGAUGCUGCUACUGGUGCUGUACACGACCCUUCGAAGCAACACACAACAAAAAGAUCUUGUGGAGGUAGCUGACUUUGACUUUUCUCCACUCUCUGAUGAACACCUGCCUAAUCAUUCAGAGUCAGGCUGUGGCCAACUAUGUUGCAGAUCAUGUUUUCUUCAGUCAACAAGAGAAGCUGCCAGGGAGAGUCAUGAACUCCGACGUUCUUUUUACAAGCCAGUCAAAAUGUACACACAGUGAAGAACUCAACUGCACUUUGGUUGCACUAACUGUCUAACUUUCUCACUUAGGAUCCUAAGUUAAAAGCCCAAUGCUGUACAAAAGGUUUGGGUUUGCCAGGGCAAUGAUAUUCACCGUUUCAAAUCCAGCACUUGAUUGUUUCAUUCUCUGAGCUAAAAAAGAAAAGUAGCUUUGUAUUUUUAACUUAUACGGGUGUGUACAUUUACAGCUGUAAAUGCAGCAUUUUAUCCUUAUGAAAGAUUGUUUUAUGUGCAGGUUUGCUAAACUCACUACCUCUCGUAAUUCUUCUGUUCCUUCUGCUGUCUGUUUCAAAGAAGAAAACGCUUAAGACGAACAUACCUCUCUUUCCUAUGUUACAACAAUAUUACUGGAAAUGGAAGUCACAC